GGACAAAAUKAAAUGAAAUAAAGUUGUCAAGCUAACACUUCUGGGUCACGUCACGUAGACAACGGCGUCGUCACGUGACAGAUGUUGGUGCGCGGCCUCUCCUCCACGUCGCCUCUAAGCGCCGAGAUGGCUGGAGGUGUGCGGAGAAAAAGCCCGGGCUCCCCGUCCCCUCUGUGGGGAAAACUCCACACUCUGUGGCAGGACAAGCACUUGGUCCUGUUCAAGACGGAACAUACGUUGCUGGUUGUUUCAGUGCUGUGGAUCCUGGAAAUUGGAAUAAACUUGUGGGUCAUACAGAAAGUGGCAUACACAGAGAUCGACUGGAAGGCGUACAUGGACGAGGUGGAGGGYGUCAUCAAYGGUACCUACGACUACACCCAGCUUAAAGGAGACACCGGCCCUUUGGUGUACCCCGCCGGGUUUGUCUACAUCUUCACGGCUCUGUACUACAUCACCAGCCGCGGCGUGAACAUCCGCCUGGCCCAGUACAUUUUUGCAGUGUUCUAUCUUGUCACGCUGCUGCUUGUCUUCAGAAUAUACAACCGCACCAAGAAGGUUCCUCCGUAUGUGUUCUUCUUUGUGUGCUGCGCCUCGUAUCGGAUCCAUUCCAUCUUUGUGCUGCGUCUCUUUAAUGAUCCAGUGGCCAUGAUGCUGCUGUUUGCAGCCACUAAUCUCUUUCUGGAUGGAUACUGGACUCUGGGCUGUGGUGUGUACAGUUUAGCAGUGUCUGUGAAAAUGAAUGUGCUUCUUUUUGCCCCUGGAUUACUUUUUUGCCUUUUGUGGGAAUUUGGCCUCGUCAGAACAAUCCCUAAACUUUCACUAUGUGCAGCCAUACAGGUUCUCCUGGGUUUGCCUUUCCUAUUGAACAAUCCCGUUGGCUAUUUGAGCCGCGCCUUCGAUCUGGGCCGUCAGUUCAUGUUCAAGUGGACGGUGAACUGGCGCUUUCURCCAGAGUGGCUCUUCUUGAACCGCUACUUCCACUUGGUCCUGCUGGCAGCUCACCUCCUCACUCUGCUGCUCUUYGCUCUCCGCCGCUGGAAGAGACCAGGAGAAAACAUAGUUGAGCUUCUUAAAGAGCCAAGCAAGAGGAAAAUCCCUGCUCAGAGCAUCACUGUGGAUCAUGUAGUGCUGAUACUCUUCACAUCUAACUUCAUCGGCAUGUGCUUYAGCCGUUCGUUGCACUACCAGUUCUACGUGUGGUACUUCCACACGCUGCCUUACCUGCUGUGGAGUGGCGGUGUCAAGAAGUUGGCCCACCUGCUCAGAGUCCUGAUUCUGGGGCUGAUUGAGCUCUCGUGGAACACCUACCCCUCGACUAACAGCAGCUCUGCAGCCCUCCACGUCUGUCACCUCAUCAUCCUCCUCUGUCUGUGGCUGGCUCCACCCCUGACGGAAAAGAAAGAGCCCACGACCGAUAAGGAGAAGAAGCAUCACUGAACCCGACGGGACAGGACAUUUGAGUAACCCCCUCAUCAUCCUCCUCUCUAUCGCCGRCACAGGGCCUGCAGAGGGAAGUCACUGUGAAAGACUGUUGCUAGGUGGAUGCAAGGAGCCAUUUGAUGCUUCUCGUCUUUGUUUCCCGCUUCGUCAUUCAAGCUCAGCUGCUGAUGUACCCGGCUGGUGCACACUUUGCGGUCAGAGAGAUGACAACGGAAAGGAUGAAUUCGCAGGAGUCUUUUUGUUGUUACAUAAUUGGAUGUUUUCAAGUGCUGUGGCAAAAAUCAUGGAUGCUUAGCAAUAAUUUGUUCAUAUACAGAAUGUGAUGGAUUAAAGAUCUAAAGAGCUGACCGUAGA